UCCUUGUGAUUCUUUAAUUAUUGGGCUUCUGCAGAUUUCGGAGUCGCUUUUUUAUCUCCUUUGAAUCUUCUAGCGUGUAUGAUUUUUUCGCAAGUUUCUGUUGUUCAGUGUUACUGAUUAAUCAUUCAUGUCCAUCAUCAUUCUGCAGAAUCGCGAAGUAUGGAAGUCAGUUCAAACGAACUGCCAUUCUUGCCCGACGAGGAAGGUUUUCACGACACUCUUUACUGCGAGAAAUGUCAGGCUUUCCUGCAGGAGCCGUGUUGGCAGCAUGCAGUCGUCGUCCAGGACGGAUAUAGUCUUCCGCUGGCCUUUGCCAGUUUGCCAGAUGUCUUGACUUUCCAUUAUAACGAUCAACACCAGAAUGUGUUGCAGCCUCCAGAGAACUGCAAUCUUCCGUCGGUCGUGGCUCAAACGACCAUCCGCCCGCAAACUGUCUUCGGGCCAUUUAUCGCCCCACUGGGCAUUCCGGGUGAGGCGCAUUCGCGGACAUUUUCAUCGGCCGACGGGCAGUGUGUGACGUUCAAUCUAGAGAACGAUCGUUGGUGCAACUGGAUGAAGUUGGUCAGGACGGUUGACCACGGCCAGCACAACCUCCGCGUCUUCAUCCGGGAACACAAAGUCCUCUUCGCCGCCGUCAAGGUCAUUCUUCCCGGCGAAAAACUCACGCUGGCGCUGUAUAAGGACGAUGUCGAUCGGAAGGAAUUUCCCAACGACAAUGUGGACUACGUAGCCGUGUGCGUGGAUUGUGCGAUUAGCGGUACUGAAGUAACCGAAGAUGCCUCGUCGAUCAAGUGCGAGGAUGAUGAGUGCGGAGAUGCUCGUGUGGCAUCAAAGUCGGCGGACUUUCCGCUCAACCUCAUUGCUGGUUGUUUCUCAUUUGACGGCGAUCAGCUGGCUUUGGCACUUGAUCAGAGAGAUGGAGUGUCUUAGGCCAAACCACUGCCAGCGCAAUCGGCAGAACAGCCUCCAUCGCGCACUGUUCAACGCGACGGCUCACCCGAGUAUCCGUUUCCUUCCAGUUUCGGCUCUGCUGCAUCUGAUGCGUUAUCGGAGGAAGCUCCGGGGAAAAGGCUCAAACGGAGCAGUGCA